CGCGACGGUCGGAGCCAUUUCGCCGCCGCUUCCAUGGUAGGUGAGGUGCGCUUUCCUGGUGUCUUUGUGGAAGGCCGGAGUUACGGACAGUCCUAAGCGUGCUGUGCUCUCGGGCACCAGAAAGCGGAGACUGGUCUGAAGAAGACACUUGAAUCAUGGGUGACGUUAAAAAUUUCCUGUAUGCCUGGUGUGGCAAAAAGAAGAUGACCCCAUCCUAUGAAAUUAGAGCAGUGGGGAACAAAAACAGGCAGAAAUUCAUGUGUGAGGUUCGAGUGGAAGGGUACAAUUAUACAGGCAUGGGCAAUUCCACCAAUAAAAAAGACGCACAAAGCAAUGCUGCCAGAGACUUUGUUAACUAUUUGGUUCGAAUAAAUGAAGUAAAAAGUGAAGACGUCCCAGCUGUUGGGAUAGCACCACCUCCACCUUCACUUACUGAUUCUUCCGAUGGCACAGCAAGUACUGAUGGAAGUUUACCCACAACCAUGGGAGGACCACUUCCUCCACAUCUGGCCCUCAAGGCAGAAAAUAAUUCUGGAGUUGGAGCCUCUGGCUAUGGUGUGUCUGGGCCCACCUGGGAUCGGGGAGCCAACUUAAAGGAUUACUACUCAAGGAAGGAGGAACAAGAAGCACAAGCGACUCUAGAAUCGGAAGAAGUGGAUUUAAAUGCUGGGCUUCAUGGAAACUGGACCUUGGAAAAUGCUAAGGCUCGUCUGAACCAAUAUUUCCAAAAAGAAAAGAUUCAAGGAGAAUAUAAGUACACCCAAGUGGGUCCUGAUCACAACAGGAGUUUUAUUGCAGAAAUGACCAUUUAUAUCAAGCAGCUGGGCAGAAGGAUUUUCGCACGUGAACAUGGAUCAAAUAAGAAACUGGCAGCACAGUCCUGUGCCCUGUCGCUUGUUAGGCAACUCUACCAUCUUGGAGUGAUUGAAGCGUACUCUGGACUUACAAAGAAGAAAGAAGGAGAGACAUUGGAGCCCUACAAAGUUAACCUCUCUCAAGACUUGGAGCAUCAGCUGCAAAACGUCGUUCAAGAGCUGAAUCUUGAGAUCGUGCCACCACCUGAGGAUCCGUCUGUGCCAGUUUUACUCAACAUUGACAAACUGGCACACUUUGAACCAUCUCAGCGACAAAAUCAAAUGGGUGUGGUUCCUUGGUCACCUCCACAAUCCAACUGGAAUCCUUGGACUAGUAGCAACAUUGAUGAGGGCCCCCUGGCUUAUGCUACUCCAGAACAAAUAAGCACUGACCUCAAGAAUGAACUAAUGUACCAGUUGGAACAGGAUCGUAAUUUGCAAGGAAUCUUGCAGGAGAGAGAGUUACUGCCUGUGAAGAAAUUUGAAAAUGAAAUCCUGGACGCAAUUAGUCAAAAUUCAGUUGUCAUUAUUCGAGGUGCUACUGGAUGUGGUAAAACCACACAGGUGCCGCAGUUCAUUCUAGAUGACUUUAUCCAGAAUGACCGAGCAGCAGAGUGUAAUAUUGUAGUAACUCAGCCCAGGAGAAUCAGUGCAGUGUCUGUGGCAGAGCGAGUUGCAUAUGAGAGAGGAGAAGAGCCUGGAAAAAGCUGUGGCUAUAGUGUUCGAUUUGAGUCUAUACUUCCCCGUCCUCAUGCCAGUAUAAUGUUUUGUACUGUAGGUGUGCUCCUAAGAAAACUGGAAGCAGGCAUUCGAGGAAUCAGUCAUGUGAUUGUGGAUGAAAUACACGAAAGAGACAUUAAUACUGACUUCCUCUUGGUAGUGCUGCGUGAUGUGGUUCAGGCUUACCCUGAAGUUCGCAUUGUUCUCAUGUCUGCAACUAUUGAUACCAGCAUGUUCUGUGAAUAUUUCUUCAAUUGCCCCAUUAUUGAAGUUUACGGAAGGACUUUCCCAGUUCAAGAAUAUUUUCUGGAAGACUGUAUUCAGAUGACCCACUUUAUUCCUCCCCCAAAAGACAAGAAGAAGAAGGAUAAGGAUGAAGAUGGUGGUGAGGAGGAUGAUGCAAAUUGCAACCUGAUCUGUGGUGAUGAAUAUGGUCCAGAAACAAGGAUGAGCAUGGCUCAGUUGAAUGAAAAAGAAACUCCUUUUGAACUCAUCGAGGCUCUGCUUAAGUACAUCGAGACUCUUAAUGUUCCUGGAGCUGUGUUGGUUUUUCUGCCUGGCUGGAAUCUCAUUUAUACUAUGCAGAAGCAUUUGGAAAUGAAUGCACAUUUUGGGAGCCAUCGGUAUCAGAUUCUCCCUCUGCAUUCUCAGAUUCCCCGAGAGGAACAGCGCAAAGUGUUUGAUCCAGUACCAGUGGGAGUAACCAAGGUUAUUUUGUCCACAAAUAUUGCCGAGACAAGCAUUACUAUAAAUGAUGUUGUUUAUGUCAUUGAUUCCUGCAAGCAGAAAGUUAAGCUGUUUACUGCUCACAACAACAUGACCAACUAUGCUACGGUAUGGGCAUCCAAAACAAACCUUGAGCAGCGGAAAGGGCGAGCAGGCCGUGUACGGCCUGGAUUCUGCUUUCACCUCUGCAGCCGAGCUCGUUUUGAGAGACUUGAAACCCACAUGACACCAGAGAUGUUCCGAACACCAUUGCAUGAAAUUGCUUUGAGCAUAAAACUUCUUCGUCUGGGAGGAAUUGGUCAGUUCCUGGCCAAGGCCAUUGAACCUCCACCUUUGGAUGCUGUCAUUGAAGCAGAGCACACUCUCAGAGAGCUUGAUGCGUUAGAUGCCAAUGAUGAGUUGACUCCUCUGGGACGGAUCCUGGCUAAACUCCCCAUUGAGCCUCGUUUUGGCAAAAUGAUGAUAAUGGGGUGUAUUUUCUAUGUGGGAGAUGCUGUCUGUACCAUCUCUGCUGCCACCUGCUUUCCAGAGCCUUUCAUCAGUGAAGGAAAGCGACUGGGUUAUAUCCAUCGAAAUUUUGCUGGAAACAGAUUUUCUGAUCAUGUGGCCCUUUUAUCAGUAUUCCAGGCCUGGGAUGAUGCUAGAAUGGGUGGAGAAGAGGCAGAGAUACGUUUUUGUGAGCACAAAAGACUCAAUAUGGCUACACUAAGAAUGACUUGGGAAGCCAAAGUUCAGCUCAAAGAGAUUCUGAUUAAUUCUGGAUUUCCAGAAGAAUGUUUGCUGACACAAGUGUUUACUAACACUGGACCAGAUAAUAAUUUGGAUGUUGUUAUCUCUCUCCUGGCCUUUGGUGUAUAUCCCAAUGUGUGCUAUCAUAAGGAAAAGAGAAAGAUUCUCACCACUGAAGGACGUAAUGCACUUAUCCACAAGUCUUCUGUUAAUUGUCCCUUUAGCAGCCAGGACAUGAAGUACCCUUGUCCCUUCUUUGUAUUUGGUGAAAAGAUUCGAACCCGAGCCAUCUCUGCUAAAGGCAUGACCUUGGUGACCCCUCUGCAGUUGCUACUCUUCGCCUCCAAGAAAGUCCAAUCUGAUGGGCAGCUUGUGCUUGUAGAUGACUGGAUCAGACUGCAAAUAUCCCAUGAAGCUGCUGCCUGCAUCACUGCUCUCCGGGCAGCUAUGGAGGCUCUGGUUGUUGAAGUAACCAAACAGCCUGACAUCAUCAGCCAGUUGGACCCUGCAAAUGAACGAAUGCUCAACAUGAUCCGCCAAAUCUCUAGGCCCUCGGCUGCUGGCAUCACCCUUAUGAUUGGUAGUGUACGGUAUGGAGAUGGUCCACGUCCUCCCAAGAUGGCCCGAUAUGACAAUGGAAGUGGAUAUAGACGGGGCGGUUCUAGUUACAGUGGUGGAGGCUAUGGUGGUGGUUAUGGCAGUGGAGGCUAUGGUAGUGGAGGCUACGGAGGUGGUGGAGGAGGCUACGGUGGCGGCGGCUAUGGUGGUGGCUCCAACUCCUAUCGGGGAGGAUAUGGUGGAGGUGGUGGUGGAGGCUUUAGAGGAGGUAGCUAUAGAGGAGGUUCUGGAGGAGACUACAGAGGGUCUGGUGGAGGAGGUUACAGAGGCUCGGGGGGAUUCCAUAGAGGGGGUGGCAGGGGGGGCUUUGGAGGUGGCUACUUUGGACAAGGAAGAGGAGGUGGUGGCUAUUAAAGCUUGGUUAUAUGAGCACCUACCCGUAGACAGUAAAAAAAAAACAAAAAUUGCAUGCUGUGUAUUUUCCCCAAGAUGUUUGUUUGCCGCCAGUAAGUAAUCCUGUUUUCCACCCACUCUGUGGUUCAUUGUAGUUUAAGGAAACCAAGCAUAUUAGAUACGUUAGUGAUUUUGUUUAUAUUAUGUAAAAGAUAAUGAUCUAUUAUAAAAAUACCACCAUUUGUAUUUUUUCUUUAAGAAGUAAAGAUUUGCCUUUAAAAUUAACUUGAUAUUUUCUUGGCUUUAGUUUAAUACAAUAGAAAAUAAAGUAUUACACUGAAUAGUGGCCAUGUAUUUGUUGAUCUUAACAUAGUAUAAUCAUUUUAUGUUGCCAGUUACAUAUGUUUUAAAAACAUCAGAGGAAAAAUUAUACUUUGUGUUUCAGAAGUAUACCAAGUAAUAUUACAUAUUACUGGUAACCAGUUAGACUAAAUAGUCUUGAAAUUGAGUGUUAACUCUUGCAGCAAAUACUGGCCAGUGCAAGGAAAGUAAGUGAAAGUGUCACCAAGCAUAAAAUUUAGAAUUUGACAUUCUUCUGUAUUUAGUAUCACAAAGGGCAUUUGUUAAUUUUACUUAUUUUUCAUAGUAAAAGCAGUGUAUCCCAAGUUUCAAAGAUUUGACAAGUUUUGUAAAAUAUCUUCCAUCAGUAGAUAGAAACUUUUAAAACCCAUAAUCUUCUGCCGGGUAGGACUAGGUAUUAUCAGCUGUUUGAGGUCAGAUCCAUUUCAUGGCAUGUAACCAUGGUACAGUGAUGGUGGAAUGGUAAAACAUACAGUCGGGUCCUGUACAUGGAGUGUUAAACCUAGUGUUCUGGUUAAUAGAAGAGACAUUCCAUUUUCUUACAAACAGGGAAGUAACCGACAGCUAACUUACUAGAAGGUAGUGCUAGCAUUGUAGCUGCUGGUUUUGGAAGCAGUACUCGGAUUCUUCUCAUAGGAGUGAAGAAACAAUCUUGUUUAGUAUAUUUUGUAUCAUGUUUACAGUUUGGGUGAACAAACAUUUUCCAGCAAAUUUACAAUUGAGAAAGGCUUUCCAAGGUGAAACAGGGUGGUAGUAAGUACGCUUGUCCCCGUUUUUACAGGCAGGACAGUACUUGCAGUGCCUCAGAAGUUUUUCUGGUUUCUGUGCCACAUUCAGUUCACUCAUCUCAGCUUAACUGCAGUUUUUGCCAUUACUGGCUCAGCUUGCAGUAGACAAAGCAGUUGCGUUUGUUGAGCUCCUGACUUUUCUGUAUUAUCUUUUGUUUCCUCUUUCUUAAUAGGAGGACUUAUUUAUGGGGUACUGCUUUGCCCCUGGAGGAGCCCUGGUGUCACAGUGGUUAGAGCAGUCAGCUGCUAACCAUAAAGUCAGCAGUUCGAACCCACAAGCCACUCCAAGGGAGGAGGAUGUGGCAGUUAUGCUUUUGUAAAGGUUUACAACCUUGGAAACCCUGUGGGGCAGUGCUACUCUGUCUUAUAGAUAGGGUCACUAUGAGUUGGAAUUGACUUGACAACAGUGGGUUCGGUUUUGCCCGUGUACCUUCUCUGCUAGCAAUUCUUGAGAAGUUUGAGUUCUGGGAAUAACUGGAAGUGUCUGUUUCUGAUGUAGCCUUUGAGAUUAGAUUCUUGUUGGCUUGUUUAGAAGGUGGAAGCAAAGGUCUUCUUCAAGUUUCAGGAGCACUGACACUGUUAGAGAGGCUUCUUGUUGAGGAGCCAUAGUCAUCGUCUUCCUCCUCCAUCAUGGUUGAAUUUAUUUAUUUUAAUAACUGAAACUUUACCACAGGUAACUUUUCUUUCUAAUGAUUUUUUCCUCAAUACCCAUUUUUCCCUGAACUGUUUCUGAAGAAGGAGGACUAUGUAAGUCUCCUCUAGGUUGUCAGCACUUCUGGUUCUCACAAACGUCAUGUAUCAUAUGCCUGAUGGUUCUGUGUAUCGAGUUGUUUGGCAGCAUGAGUACUGUUUUUGCUGCUGUUGAAAUUACAUCCUGUUUAAAUGAGCACCACUGUGAACAUUUCAGUUUGCAGAUGGCUAAUAACAGUAGAAGAACAGGAAGAACCACAUGUGUUACUGUAGAUAUUUUCUGAGAUAAGAGAUUCUUAAAAAAUGGAGGUGUCUUCAUCAGUGAGAUCAUCUGAUUCAGGCUUAAUAUCAGUCACAUCAGAGGGUGAUGGCUCCCUCAGAUGUGUCACUGUUGACAUUAGUCAAGUUGUAGUUCCAUUAUCGUAAGUGAUGACAUAAGCAGUUUUCUCCUCCUGUCAACUACUGGAAACUGGAAUCUCUUUGCAGGUGUGGUGCUAGAAACUGCUAGGGGUGGCUUCUCAUCUUGACUGAAACUGCUCUUGUUUGAAGGCGUAUUAACAUCAAAGAUGUUGGUAAUCAGAAGACUUUAGACUUGGAGGUUUAGUUGUAACAGAGAAGUUUAUCUAGUACAGCAUGAUGCUAUAUGGUGAAUGAAAUUGUGUUGUUCUCUAGAAAAGUAGACAGUUUUCCUGUCAUUUUCUCCUGACUUUUCUUGUUAGCCACCACCAUCUACUGCAUUUAGGAAGUUCUUCAGCUCCUAAUUCUUGCAGUUGCCUUUUAAUGCCACUUUGAAUCUUGCAGGUAGGUCAUCUUGGUGCCUAGCUCCAUGGCUCCACCGUGGGUGCAGCGCAGCACUGUGUGACACUACUUCCCAAACAUUUUCUAGUCUGCUUUUUUGUAAACCAACUGCCAUUAGUUUGUUCAGGCUUUCGUUAGCUUUAAUGUAACCCUUUGGUGACCCAGUUAUUUUCUGCUUUGAAUUUUUGGUUGAUACCAUAUGUUUUCAUUAAUGGAAACAUGCUGAAUCAUUUAGUGUAUCUGAGUUUUUGGUAGGUAAUAUGGAUUUUUUUUUUCUUGCCCCCCCACAAGCCUACCUUAAGUGUUCAAUGGAACGUAUGAAGUACCACUGAUUAUACCCCAGAGUUCCCACCGGGGUUUGUUGGUACGUAUGUGUAACAGAUAAUUUUGAAAAUUUCUAUUUUCCUACCAAAAAUUCAGAUAGGCAUACAGUACCCUAUAAAAACAGUAAUUUGCGGCACACUCCAUUUCUUUGGUUUCAAACAGUCAUAAAGGUCCCUGCCCUGUGGCAGCUUGCACAGUCAGGGUACAGCAGCUUCCCAGUAAACCCCUGAGGCUGAAAAAGUUCACUGUUGCUGUAUGUACCGCUGGGUACAGAAGGAUUAACAGGACCACAGCAACCUCUUAACUGAUUCUCCUGCCUAUAGCCCUGCCUCUCUGCAGUCCAUUCUUCACGCUACAGCUAGAGUAAACAUUCCCAUGUAAAUCUCCUAUCACCACCACUCUCCUGUUGCCUUCAAUUCCACUCUACAGCUGUAACUAGCCAUACAGAACUUUUAGCCCCAUCAGUGGACUAUGGUUUCUCUUGCCCUUUACACAUGUAAUGAAAAUUCCUACAAAAUGUAUAAAUUCAGUAAUUCUUGACUGGUAAUCAUCCCUCCAACAACUUCAACUUGAAAUUAGAAAUGGAAAGAUGGCCAAAAGAUGUUGAAUUACAUCCUCUAAAGCUUGAAAGAACCCACUCAGGCAUAGCUGUAAUAAUCUUGGUAUUUAGCUAAAGACCUAAGGAGAUUCUUAAGCAGAUUUCUAGAACUCUUUUUCCUGUCCUCUGCUCCACAAAUUCCAGCUGCUGUCCCCAAACUCCCAUCUCUCUCUAACUCAGCAGGACUGCUGUGCUUUGCUCGAUUCUCUCUCCCUCUGCCAUAAUAGUCUGUAUCCACACAGAAGUCAAGGUGAUUGUAGGGCUCAUCUCAUUUGUUUCCCUUAUCUUAGGCAUCACAGUUUUGCAGUUGCCUUUGUUCAGUGUCUGAACACAGUUGUUUUGUAACAUUCACAGUUUUCUAGUUUACACGGGAGGGAAAGGUUCCAGUUAGACUGUCAUAGCUGUAAGUGGAAGUCCACUCAGGUCAUCAGUUUUAAUUGUCAAAGAAUCCAUUAUGACAUAAGACACAAAAAUCAUUCCUUUGAAGAAAUAAUCAGACUUGUGGAGCAGGUUACUACAUGGAGCAUUACUUUGUGGCAGAUUAAUACCUUCUGGCAUCAACCAGUGUGUUUGUUUGUUUCUCAACCAUCCACCUACAGUCUUCCUAGACCAAAGACAAUACUCAGUUUAAGGGAUGUCGCAGCAGCUGUGAGAUUAUUGGAAAGCUUGUUCAAAACAAGAGAGAUGAUCCCUACUUCACCUCCACCCCGACUUCGGAGAUAAAGGAGACUGGAAACAAUAAAAGAGAAUUUGGGAAGAAUGCGUGGAAAGGUUUGGAGUUUCUACUCGCCACUCUCUCUUCCACCACACACGUAUAUUGGGGCUUGUGGGUGUAGUGAUAAUUGGCACUGACAAAAUUGGGUCUUCCCUAACAGUUAAGGCAGGGAUGAGAGGACCGGAUUUGUGCCCAAUUCUUCUGGUUGGCUGCUUGCAUAGUUGGCAUCUUCACUGUGCACAUCUAAGCUGGAGGAUAGUGGCAGUGACAACCCAUGAGCUCCCUUUGGUGCUAAGAAUGAUGUGGAAGGGAAUUGUAAACUUCUUUAGGUCUGAAGAGAUGGUAGAAAGUUAACUGGGAGAAAAAGCUGGUAUGCCAGCCCCAGGAAGCCAUGCUGCAGAUCUGUGUCUAGAAAAUGUGGGCAGCGAUAGUCCUUGAACACACAACGCAACUACAACUUCAUGGGCUCUCCUGUGCCAUGAAGAUACAUGCAGAAGCCUCUGGACACCACCUAUGCCAAAAGAACAGAUACGGAGAACAUGACUGUUGUGCCAGUUUAGGGUCAGCCCAGACAGCUGGAAAGAGGAUACCUUCAAUCUUGACCAAACACAUAUUUGAAUGCCAGUUUCCCUCCUAAUCUGGAAGGAGAGUAAAGAAAAUCAGAUACAGACUUUGACUCAAUUGGAACUGACAUAAGAGUUUUGAUUUUGACUGGAGAAUAAGGUCCCUGAAUUUCACUGAGUUUACCUGAAAAGUAGAUAAUUGUUGGCCAGAAAAGGAACAUUUUUAAAAAUUCUGUGUGUAGCUGAUCGUGUUACAUGUACAAGAUUUCUGGACCAUACGGGGAAAAUUGACUAUUGAAUCUUCCAAAAUUAACUGAUCCAGGUCACCUGAAUUCAUCUGAAAACUGGUAAUUUAGCUUCUAAGAAAAAAUGUGAAAGCCUGCUUCCUGGGAACUAAUUAGGGUGACCAACUGUGCUGGUUUGCCUGAGGCUGAGUGAUUUCUGGAGAUGGAACUUCAAAGUGGUAGAACUGGGAAAGUUCUGGGCAAAUUGGGAUAUGUUGGUCCCCCUAAGAUGAAUCAAGUUGAAAAUAUUUUAGCAAGUUUUAGACUUUGAAAUUCCACAUUUUUUCCAAACCUAGAAAUAAAUUUAAAGGUAACAAAGGAACUGGCUAUAUGAUCCAAUGUUUCCUUUUUCACAACUGGUAAAUCUGUAAAAUGAUAUACUGAGUGAUUAUUUGUAAUACUUUGGUAAUUAUCUUAAUUAAAAUGAUUAGAAAUGCAUAGCUAUUUAUAAAUAAUAGGAAGCACAAU